CACUGCGCAUGUCAAAACAUGGGCGGAGUAAGCUGAUAUGAUUUGGAAAAGCCAAGCGGUGGCAAAAACCCUUCCACUGCCAUCAUAGCUUUUGUUGUUGCGUAUGAGGACUGCUAGAUAGAUUUGACAACAAAAACGACUCUCCUGGUGUACUGUGUGACGUAAAAUUCCCAGGUCCGUGGUGAUUACUGGAACUCCGAGAGAGACGGUUGACCAGGGAAAAGUGGUCUAGACCACCGGAGACGCUUCCAAGCAAUUCCACUGUACAGAAUCAACCCUUAACAUGUUGGCAUCGGCAGGACGAGCGUCUUUUGCAGUGUGUAUCGCCCUCUGCUGUACUUUGGUGGUCUCAGAGAUCGUCCACAACCCGAUCAGACACAGACAGAUCAGCCGGUAUGAGGGCCACAGGGCGCAGAAACCACCGCAAGCCGCGGGCCCAGCAGCCGAACCCAGGGCCGAAAAGUUAGAGAUGAAGAACAGUCUCCGUGUGGAGAACCUGACAUCUUCUCAGAUCACAGCCACGUCAGUGCGACUUCGCUGGGACGUCAGUGGAAAUGACAGCUUCCCCGGCUAUCGGAUAGAACAUGAGAUGAUGGACAGUGAGACCGUCAGGGUGCGAACCAGCGACAUUUAUGGCGAGUUCCGCAGCUACACACUCAAAGGACUUUAUCCGAAAACAAGAUACCGCGUGUGCGUCAUGCCAUUGAUGUACAGUUCCGCCGGCCUGACUUCUCCAAUCGUUAUUCACAAGCGAAAGCAGUGUGUCGUGAUCCAGACAAAAGACGAGACGCAGGACAACCAGGAAAUGUACAUUCAAAUAGGCAUGGGCUGUGCAGCUGGGUCUUGUGCGUGGUCCGCGGCAGAGGUCAAGGGUCAAGCUAGGCACUCUGGGAGGAGCCUUGCAAAUUUUGAUCAAGAUUUCGGGCCAUGGGAGACACAGGAGGAAGAUGAUGAGAACAAUGACUUGUAUAUCGUAUUGGGUACAGGUUCUGCUAUAGGAUUGCUCUUCCUGCUCGUGCUGUGCGCCAUCUUCUGUAAGUGGGACAAGGACCUUGGCAAGGGCGGCAUUAAAGUACCAAGGUUCCAUCCAAAGAAGAUCAACAAGCGCAAGAAGUCCAAGAAGCGCACUGGAUCCAAGGAGGAACUAGCCCGAACACCUGGAUCUCACCACGGAUCCCAGAACCUGUAACACGUCACAUUCUACCACUCACUACAGCAGCAUGGAGAUCAGUUCAGAUAUCAUGCACACUGAUCAGUUCAACUGUCACACAUUGAAAUGCAGGUAGUUUUCACAGUACCUGAUGAUAAUUAUUCUCAUUCAUCAUUUUAUACAUGUCCAGAACAGUUAUGGACAUGUUUCAAGACUUCAUCAGUGGACUAAAGGAGAUUUUCCUGCCCUCGGACGACAUCAGAGUGGAGAAUUUGAUGAAUCAGUGCAGCAGAAUGGAAUAUUGUAAUUAUUGUUUUGUUCCACCAAAUGCUUAAUGUGUAUCAUAUUAGUACUUAGUUAUGAUAAUUGCUAGGAAGGUCUAGAUAAUGUUACUUUUUGACAGGUUUACUGGAGAACAAUCCUAGAUCCAUGGUGUACAAGGAUAAGUUUACCCUCCUCACAGGUUCUUUCUGCUGUACAUUUGUUUCAACUACAUGUAACUAGAGUGGUUGUCCUCAGCUGCUACACUGCUUUCCUCAUCAUGACUUCCUGCAGCGUUUAUUUCAAUUUUUAAUGUAAAACGGGAGGCAAAACACCUGUACACAGCUUUACAAGUUGUGAAAAAAGCUGUAAAAAAAACUUGAUAAAUUUCAAGAUUAUGCUUCCUGAUAAAUCCUUCUGCACUGGCAACAUUACUGUCAGUGACAUAUAUGUACAUGUAUACUAUUCCUGCUGUUCAAACCCCAGGGAGAGUCAUUUUGAAAUGUGACGAAAAAGAACAAGCAAUACCACAUGUCUCUCCGUUUACUGUACAAGGUACAGACAGCAGGGAAACAGGUGAAGUUAUCAUAUUUUAAAUGUUACAAUUCAGGCAACUCAUACGGCCAUAAAAGGGACAAUACAUUCUUUUCAAUUGCAUAAAAGAAUGAUAUUGUUACAAUUUUUGGGCCAUUUAUAAGUUGCCAUGAUAACAUUGCAGUGGGAACAUGUAUGCUUGGACAAACCAUGCCAAAACCACAAAACUUUUCUUCCAAGAAGCAUUGUUACCUGUAUCAUUCAAAUGUAUUUUGUGCCUUUUUUGAAAGCUCUGAGAGCAGAUCUAGAGUUCAUAUCAGACACGAUGUACUGUAAUGUUUUUUGCAAUUGUGUAGUUUUCAAAGUAGAAUUAUGGUACAAUGUUUAAUCCAUGCUUUAUAACACCACAAUAACCAUUCUUAAACGGUGUUACCUGUCCAGUGGAAGUCCCUUUUGGGGGCCUAACAAAUGAUUUUUGAAUGAAAGUGAAGGAAGGAAACUGGACUUA